UCCACGAAACAGGCUUCUGCGAUAUAUUUCACGAUUUGCAACUCCCCUUCUCUCUCUCUCUCUCCCUCUCUCCCUCUCCUCCAAAAAAUCGCUGUCUUUGAUCAGUCUCUGCACCCAUCGCCUCCUCUUUCUGCAAAACUUGUCAUCAGCAUGAGAAUGAGAGCCAGACCAUAACCCACGUACAGCACCAUAAAUUGUUGCGAAAAGAUCUUCAAAGCAUAGGGGCAUGCAUGAUAUUCUCCAAUGACAUGAUGGCCUUCGCACCAUCUCAUAGUUUCAUGUUCCAAACUCAAGAAGAUGAUCAAGAUCACCUCUCUUCCUCCAACACCCUCCGCGCAUGUCUUCCUCAACAAUACUAUCAUGGUGGUGCGCCUUCCUUGAUGAAGAGAUCGAUGUCGUUUUCGGGCAUUUACAACAAGUGUGAUGAAGUGCAUGGAGAUGAUGAGUUGUCAGAUGAUGGAAUACAGAUUGGGGAAAAGAAGAAGAGGCUGAGUUUAGAACAGGUAAAGGGGCUUGAGAAGAGCUUUGAGUUGGGAAACAAGCUGGAGCCAGAGAGAAAAGUGCAGCUGGCUAAAGCUUUGGGCCUGCAACCAAGACAGAUAGCCAUAUGGUUCCAAAACAGGAGGGCUAGGUGGAAGACCAAGCAAUUGGAGAAAGACUAUGAGGUCCUGAAGAAACAGUUUGAAUCCCUCAAGGCUGACAAUGAUGCCCUUCAGGCCCAGAACAGGAAACUUAACGCAGAGUUAUUGGUUCUAAAAAGUAAGGACCAGACAAAUGAAGCCGGGGUUAAAAGCAUGAAGAAGGAAACCGAGUUUUCUUGGAGCAAUGGGAGUGAGAGUAGUUGUGACAUGAUCAACUUGGAUAACUCAAGAAAAUUAAGCAGUAAGCACCUCUUCCCCUCAUCCCUUAUAAGGCCUACAAGCAUGCCCCAACUCCUCCAAAGCUCAUCAAGAUCCGACCACCUCCAAUGGGUGAAAACUGGCCAUAUGACUCAAGAUGAAAGCCUGAGCAACAUGUUCAUGACCAACAUCGAAGACCAACAUGAUUUUUGGCCGUGGCCCGAGCAGCAGCAUUUCCAUUGAAGCAAGCUUCUCAAACAAUUAACACUCCAACAUCUACGCGUUUCAUUUAAGGGUUGGGUCUUUGAAUUUAUGUUGUACGUGGCAGUAGCUGCAUGUUGUAUAGAUUUGAAAUAUCUAGCUAGAUGCCCCAAUUUCUAGUAGGCUGGAAAUCAGUUUGGGAGAGCGAUCAAACUCUGAAAAACAUACUUUGUUGUGAUAGAUAAGCUUUAGGUUGAAUCAUACGGUACAAAUUUUUUCUUUUUUCCAUUUUUCCCCUUUUAAAAUGUUUACUCCUGUUCCAGGUUAACGUACAAAUGCUACUGAGUGGGUUUCCUGCUCUGGCAUGUAGCAUGGGCCAUGAAAUAAAGAUAGAUUCUCUCCCCCAA